UUCUCAUGACGAGGUGGAAUCCGUCCAUCGUGAGACGAGUCGGUUGGUGGGUCGUGUAGCAACCUCGCGUACAAAUUCAGAUCUUGGUUCUUUCCCUUCCGCUCCCAAUCGCGUGCGAGAGAGAUCGAUUCCAGGAUUUUCCAAGACAGUUUAGGUCAUCGCCGAAUCCAUGGCUUCGAGGCGUAUCAUCAAGGAGUUGAAGGAUCUCCAGAAGGACCCGCCGACCUCUUGCAGCGCAGGACCAGUUGCUGAAGAUAUGUUUCAUUGGCAAGCAACAAUUAUGGGUCCACCUGACAGCCCGUAUGCAGGGGGAGUUUUUGUUGUUACUAUCCACUUUCCUCCAGAUUAUCCCUUCAAACCCCCUAAGGUUGCUUUCAAGACGAAGGUUUUUCAUCCAAAUAUUAAUAGCAACGGAAGCAUUUGCCUUGACAUCUUAAAGGAACAAUGGAGCCCUGCAUUAACGAUUUCCAAGGUGCUGUUGUCAAUCUGUUCCCUUUUAACUGACCCAAACCCGGACGAUCCGUUGGUUCCAGAAAUUGCUCAUAUGUACAAGACAGAUAGGACCAAGUACGAGACUACAGCAAGGAGCUGGACCCAGAGGUACGCAAUGGGUUAAGGUUAUGAUGGGAAGAUGACUAUUGGUGGGUUAUGGUUUAGUGGGAAGAUGACAUUUGAUGGGCGUCUCUAUUAUUUAUCUGUUGUCAGCGUGAUGCAUGUUUUCAUUGCAAGACUCUGUAUACUCCAAAUAUUUCACCAAUUAAAGAGGUCAUCAAGUGAAACCUCAAACUCUAACUACUGUGUUGUAUCUGACUAUUCGAAGAAAAUUUAAAUUUGGAGUGUCGGUAUUUUUUUUUCA